AUGCUCGAUCAAAUCCCAAGUUUGACGGAAUUGCAGCAGAGCCCAGAAAGGGAAUCAGAAGUGGUCAUGUACCUGGCAGCAAAUGCAUUCCUUUCCCCAGGUACAAUAUCAAUAUUAAAAAUUAUACAAUCUUAUCUCAAUUCUGAUCCUGUGAUUUUAGAUAGUUCACAAGCAUUGUUACCAGCAGACGAGCUUAAGAAGCGAUUUGAACAAGAAGGUAUCUCUUUGGAAAAGCCGGUUGUGACUUCGUGUGGAACUGGAGUAACUGCAUGCAUUCUUGCAUUGGGUCUUCAUCGUCUUGGAAAGACCGAUGUUCCGGUUUAUGAUGGAUCGUGGACUUGA